AUGUUAAAGGCACGACAGAUUCGUCGCUGGUCAAACUCUGCGUUGGCUUCUUCUCGUCAUGAGCAAGGGAAGGAGAAGCAGUGGUGUUACAUAGCGACGCCGGUCAAGCGUGGUGCAGCGGUGGUUCAAGCCGGUGAUGAGGUGGUGGUCGUGCGGUGGAGAUGCGAGUAUCAUGGUUGGCGGAUACUGAAGAAGAAUGUAGUUUAG